GAAUUCGAAAUGAAAUGGAUGAGCGUCCCAAUCGUGUGAAGAAGGCAUGCAGUGUUUGUCGGCGACCUGGGCAUAACAAGAAGACAUGUCCUACUCUUAUUGGUGGAUUUGGAUCAUCUGGGUCCCAUGGAGCCGGUGAUUCGUCCAGGCCCAGUUGAUCCAUCUGUUCUACGCUUGCAGACUUCCCAUAGGAGCCACGAUGUUUGGAGUGGCGUAGCUGAUAGAGUUCUCUCAGUUAGGGAGCAUAUGGUCAGCGUGGGACGUGAGUGGAUGGUAGAUGGCGGAGUACUAGAGUACGUUAGGCUUGCUGGGUUUUACGGUGUACAUAGGAUUUUGGGAGGAGGGUUUUUGCUUGAUCGAUCUCUUCUUACGGCGUUGGUUGAGAGGUGGAGGCAGGAGACACAUACUUUCCACCUAGUGGUAGGUGAGGCCACCAUUACUUUACAGGAUGUCUCCGUCCUGUUAGGUCUGAGAGUGCACGGCCCUCCUGUCAUUGGACCUCCAUUUGAGGGAUGGCAUGACCUAGUUGAGGAGUUGCUGGGAGUUCGACCUGGCCAUGAUGAUAACGGUAAGCCGUUUCUGGAGGGAUAUACAUGUUGACAUACUUGUUUUGGGAAUUAGAUGAUUUGGCAGCCAUAUACUGAGGCGGUGAUGGAUCGACUUCCGGAGAUUUGUCGCUCAGACAUGCACAUUUGGCGUUCACGGGCACCUCUGAUAUGCUUUGACGUCGUUGAGUUCCACCUCCCAGACCGAGUCCUUCGUCAGUUCGGGUUAGACCAGCCGAUCCCACAGGAUGUAGACACGGACGUUGCUCUACACAGGAAGGAUCGAAGGGGACAGCGUAAUUGGGAGAUUCGGCAUUCGGACCAUGUACACGAGUGGAGUCGACGAGAGGCAUUAGUCGUCCAGGGAUACCCGUUCACUGGGACUUCUUCCCCGGCCAUGACAGAGUACAUGGCUUGGUACCGUCGCAUCACGAGACUGGUCAUUACUCCACCUUCGCAGGAGCGCCCCCCGAGUCAUUACCAGCCAGCUACCUCUGACCUCCUGCUUGCACAUGCAUUUGCUGAUUUGCACGUCCAGCUAUCGGGAUCUACUGAGACCAUCUCCCACUUGCCACCAGAGACGGCUAUACCAUUUGCCAUACAGACGAUGCAGGGUUUUACAUCAUUUUGUGGCCAAACCUUGUCUAGGGUGGGGCAGUCACACCUUAUUCAGCAGCCUCGACCGUCCACGUCUUCAUCUUCUACUGUGCACACUAUGCCGAUCAGACCACCACCUCAUCGUGGAGGCCAUUCAGCACGUGCCUUCCGUCCACCGACUCCUUCUCAGCAUACUAUCAUGACAUCUCCUCCACUAGUGCAUCGCCAGUAUCAGAGAAACCGACGGCGUAGCAACACUACGUCUGGGGUUGGAGUUGGCCUGGAUGACAUUCCAGAGGAGACAGCUGCAUCAUCUUCAUCGUCACCUCAUGGGAAGAAGCAACGCCCGAGCUAAGUGUAUAUUUUGGAACUAAACUAAUUUUUUUGUAAAUGCUUAGAAUUGGAUUUUGUUAUAUUUAAUCAAUUGAAAAAUAUUCGACUUUGCAA